CGUAAAAAUGUUUUUCCGGCGGCUUCAAGGUUUUCUGAUCCUGUCGACGCUCUCAGUGUGCUUGGGAAAGUCCUUAGAGGCCCGAGUACAAUCGUUUAAUACUAUAGAAGGUGAUGAAGAAUCGCUAUUCGUAUAUAAUGUACGACUUAUUGGAAGAGAUCGAAUGCUAAAUGGAACAUUCGUUUUCAAAGUUGAUCUUGACGAUACAUUUGAUGUUUCUUUUAACAUUCUGGUGUUUAAGAACGGAGAAUGGGAAGAAGGAAACAUCAAGGUUUUCACCAAAGCCUGUAAUUUUCACACGAACUACUUCGGUAAAUAUUUCUUACCAAUGGUAAAUGAUUCGAAUAUACCGCCCGUCAAUGAGUUGUGCCCAUUCCGAAAGGGUAAAUAUUAUGUGAAAAAUAUCCUUAUUGAACCGAAGAAUUGGCCAACAGUUUUAUAUCGAGGCUUAACAAAAAGCAUUGUCAAAUACAUAAGGAAUGGCAAAUGUACUGGUGGAGUUGAGUAUGAUAUGAGCUUAACAGACAUAAAUGAUUAGCCCGCAAAUUGGAUAUCAUGGCUUCUAAGGAAUAUUGCAAAUGAAA